UCACUGCGUCUUUCAGUCGUCCAUCUUUGUGCGGGGCGUCUUGCGGACUGUCACUGUGCCGUGUGGAGCGACAAAAACACUGCGAGCUUACGAUCUAAAAACAAAGACCUGUCCUGAUCUUACGACGUUGCUUUCUGUUCCGAGAGCUCGACAACAUGUACUUUAACCGCGGUUACCCCGUCAUCGCCUGCUGCGUUGUGGCCGGGUUGGUUCUGGGUUUAGAAGAUGGCCCGGAUCGCCCGGUAAUCGGAGCUCCGGGAUCCUCGGUCCGUCUGUCGGAGUCAGACCCGGGGGUUAUGAAAGCAGUCAAAUUUGCAGAGGAACGAUAUAAUAUGGGCUCCAACGCGAUGCACAUACGCCGUGUUAGCAAAAUCCUUUCGGCCAGCAAACAGCUGGUAAAAGGUGUUCGGUACAGUAUUAUGGUUGAGAUUGGAAGCACUCAGUGUAAGAAAUCCCUAAAGCUGAGCGCUGAGGACACCUGUGACUUUUUCCCAGAGCCUCACAAACAGAAGACAGAGGUCUGUUUGUUUGAGGUUUGGGACAUUCCCUGGGAAAAUAAAUCCACCCUACUUAAACAGAAAUGCCAGCCUGCGGUUUCCAAGGAGCUCAGAAAGGUUGCAGCCGUACCCCUAACCCAUGGCAAACCUAUGAAGGAAACUGUGGAGCUUUUGACCCAGUUUAAAAACUUUAUGAUCACAUACAAUCGAACAUACAGCUCCCAAGAAGAGGCAGAGAAGCGUUUGCGCAUUUUCCAGGAGAAUAUGAAAACGGCACAAACGUUGCAAUCUCUGGAACAGGGGUCAGCUGAGUACGGGCUCACCAAGUUCAGUGACCUCACAGAGGAUGAGUUCAGAAUGAUGUACCUGAACCCAAUGCUGAGUCAGUGGAGCUUGAAGAAGGAGAUGAAGCCAGCGACUCUGGCUAGUAAGGCUGCUCCUGACAGCUGGGACUGGAGGGACCACAGGGCGGUCAGUCCUGUGAAGAAUCAGGGCAUGUGUGGCUCCUGUUGGGCAUUUUCUGUGACUGAAAACAUUGAGGGACAGUGGUUCAAGAAAACCGGAAAACUUCUUUCCCUCUCUGAGCAAGAACUAGUGGACUGUGAUAAACUGGACCAAGCGUGUGGAGGUGGUCUGCCGUCUAACGCUUACGAAGCCAUUGAGGAGCUUGGAGGUCUUGAGACCGAAACAGACUACAGCUACACAGGACACAAGCAGAGCUGUGAUUUCUCUUCAGGGAAGGUGGCCGCCUACAUUAACAGCUCUGUUGAGCUGCCUGACAAUGAAAACGAGAUUGCUGCUUGGCUGGCUGAGAACAGUCCGGUGUCUGCUGCCCUCAAUGCUUUCGCCAUGCAGUUCUACAGAAAGGGAGUGUCUCAUCCUCUAAAGAUCUUCUGCAACCCCUGGAUGAUUGAUCAUGCUGUGCUGCUUGUGGGAUUCGGACAGCGUAAUGGCAUUCCAUUCUGGGCCAUCAAGAACAGCUGGGGAGAGGACUAUGGAGAGCAGGGUUACUAUUACCUGUACAGAGGAUCCAGACUGUGUGGAAUCAACAAGAUGUGCUCAUCUGCAAUUGUGAAUUAGACACGCACACACACACACACACACACAGAAAGCAAGCAAGCAAACAUGGAUACAAAACAUCUGAAAACAGCUCAGUCAUGAACAUGUGAUGAUUGUGUACAGUUCACACUCUGUUUCAGUCAUCAUGUGAUCUGUGAACACAAUAGUGUAAAACACAUAUUCUGCACAUAUUUCAUCUAUAUAAGCACAUAAUUCUCCGUAGUUCAGGUAUGUGAAGUAUUUCUCUUGAGGUCAUGUACUUUAGUUAUCAGUCCUUUUGCUGUUACAUACAUGCUAAAAAUCUGUUCUGUUCAGAAGAGCUGAAUUUGAUGUCAUUACCUUAGAUCCACGUGAUGUUAUGGACACAGCAGUUUACCAAAUAGCAAAUAGGUACAAGAUAACAGCACAGUUUACCAUGUUACUGAUAUAAACAUAUGUGUUAUUGUGAUUUUAAACUAGGUGAUUUAGUUAAUUACUUUGUGUUUUACUCUAAUUCGUUUUGUUAUUCUGUGUUUUAUUAUCUAAUUGUUAAUUUAAUUUCAAAACAAUGAGUUGAGCCUGUGUCAUAUUUGCUUUUAACCCUGAUUAGCAGUUAUCAAUUUUUAAGAGUGUAUUUUAUUUUUCCAAGUGCAUUUUACUGAGUUUUGAGCUGCUGGUCUUGGAAACUAGAUUUUGCACACUAUGAAUUUCCACAGUAUAUUCUGAUCAUUCCGUUAAUGCAAGUGUUGCUGUUUUUACCCGCACAUCUUCCUCAUUUUUGAGCAUAUUUUGCUGCAUGGAAAAACUUGCUGAUGCUUCUUCCAAACGCACAGUGGAAGAUUUGUUUGAGGUAUGUGUUGUGGCAGAAAAGAUAAAUUUCUCAGCCGCUGUGCUGUUACUGUUCAAAUCCCUAAUGCAUUAUAAAGCUGUAUUGCUGAAUAAAUUUCCAAAUGUC